AUGUAUAGGGACAUGAAGAGGUACUACCAUUGGGUAAGAAUGAAAGCUGAUGUGGCCGAGUUGGUGGCCAAGUGUCCUACUUGCCAACUAGUGAAGGCCGAGCAUCAGGUUCCCAGUGGCUUGUUUCAGAACCUCCCUAUACCGGAAUGGAAGUGGGAUCAUAUCACAAUGGACUUUGUGACUGGGUUCCCAACGACCAAGAGCAAGAAGGAUGCAGUUUGGGUGAUUGUGGAUCGUCUGACCAAGUCUGCACACUUCUUACCAAUCAAGAAGGGUGAUGGGGUGGAUGAGAUAGUGAAGAUCUACAUAGAUGAGAUUGUGAGGCUGCAUGGAGUGCCGGCCAGUAUAGUCUCAGAUAGAGACCCAAGGUUCACUUCUUACUUCUGGAGGGCUUUUCAAAAAGCCUUAGUAACUAUAGUGAACAUGAGCACAUCCUACCAUCCCCAAACGGAUGGGCAAUCAGAGAGGACCAUCCAGACUCUGGAGGACAUGCUGAGGAUGAUUACCUUCAAGGGUAGGGCCAGAGUCUCUGGAAGGAGGAAACUGGACCCUAGGUUCUUAGGUCCGUUCAGGAUACUCGAGAGAGUUGGGGCAGUGGCUUACAAGUUGGAUCUGCCAUCUGAAAUGGAUGCCUACCACAAUGUUUUCCAUGUGUCUCAACUAAGGAAGUGUCUGACUGACCAAGACAUUGUGUUGCCUGAAAUUCCAAAAGAUCUUGGCGAGUCAGCUCUAGCAAGAGAUGAUGCGAGGGAUCUAGUCGGCUUACUUGUUUCAGAAGUGAACCUUGGAAAAGGGGACAUUAGAGGAGAUGAAUGGAUACUUGACACAGGUUGCUCUUUCCAUAUGACGGCUAGAGAUGAUGUGUUUAUCAACUUCAAGGAAGUCUCAGGUGGGAGAGUCAGAAUGGCAAACGGUACACAGACAGAAGUCAAAGGCAUUGGAUCUGUUCGUUUUGAAAAUCCAGAUGGAACAACGGUGGUUCUCCAUGAAGUCAGAUACAUGCCUGGGAUUUCGAGGAAUCUCAUCUCACUUGGAACUCUAGAAGUUAAGGGUUGA